UGCGCAUGUGUGGUGCUGUCCAACCAGCGCGCGUUGAAUCGUCAGAACGGGGGUCUUCCGGGUGAUGAGGGGUUGCUGAGGGAAGAGGGCAGCUGCGCAUGCGCGCCCAGUUGAACUCUAACUGUGUUGUGUGGAAGGAGAAGUGAAAGCAAGAGAGUCAUGUGAGAGAAAAGCGGAAGUGACUGGGUCUCAUCUACAGUGAGAACUCUGAUUUUAUUUAUCAUAUGGAUGUGUUUGUGUGAGGAGGGCACCCACACCCCUCUGCCUUCUGCAUCGCUCUAUAGCAGCACGGGCCUGAGCCAAAAUGCUCCUGAGGUUGCUGAUGCACCUAAUCCUACCUCUCGGUAGCUUUGCGGCUACCUCUUGCUAUGGAGACCAUGGGAAACAAGUGGAUUGGUUUAUUGUGUACAAGCUGCCGCAACUGAGAAACAAAGGAGAAGAAGCAGGCAUGACGUACGUGUACCAAGACAGUAGCAGCGGCGGCUGGGUGCCAGGGGCCACACUGAUGAACAGUACAGACUCCGCAGUGGGCCAGACUGUCAGCCAGCUGUACAAAGCCUUUGGGAUGAAGGACGUAGCUUACAUACUGUAUAAUGAUGAGCCCGCCAAUAUCUCCUCGUCCGGCAGCGAUAGAGGCCACACCAAAGGCAUGCUCCUCCUUGAUAAGAAACAAGGAUUCUGGUUGGUACACAGCACUCCCCGCUUCCCUCCACCUGCUGACCAGUCAUAUGACUGGCCUCUCAGUGCCCAUCGAAAUGGCCAGUCCUUUCUCUGUGUCACCUACCCGUAUAAACAGUUCGGAGACAUUGGCCAACAGCUGCUCUAUAACACCAUCCUCCCGUAUGAUUCCUCCAUCCCCGAAGACUUCUCUGUGGACUUUCCUGAACUCAAGACUGCAGCUGAGAAAGGGGCAGUGACCCAACCACCAUGGAACCGCCAGGUGGUACUUACCUCAGUCGGUGGCAAACAAUUCACCAGUUUUUCCAAACAUGCGCACUUUAGUGAUGAUCUGUACUCCGGGUGGGUGUCCCAGGUGCUAAAGUCCCACCUUUUUGUCCAGUUUUGGCAGAAUUCUCGGGGAGUCCUGCCAUCCAAUUGCUCGCUGCCAUUUCACACCUAUAACAUCAUGGAAAUCGACAUUUCCUGUGCAUACAGCUUCUCUACCCACAAUGACCACUCCAAGUGGUGCGUAACUGACGGCGCCGGCUGGGCCUGCGUAGGGGACAUGAACCGGGACGUAAAGGAGGAGCGGCGCGGGGGGGGCACAGUUUGUGUGAAUGACCCUAAUGUCUGGAAGUCCUUUAGAAGCCUUGUGUCUUCCUACAACAACUGCACCGGGCCUGUUAGUUAUAGUAGGGUGUGAGUGCUUCUCACUGUGGGUAUGUAUAGGGCCUUGCACAGAGAAAUACUCAGAGUAAAUAAGCAUUAAAUCUCUCCUCUGUGCCGUAUAACAUAGAGCUGCUUAGGCACGGGGAGAAUUUGAGGCUACGGUUUUAUUGUUAUUGUUACUUUUUAUAACUUAUUUUUCUAUUCAGUCCCUCUCCUAUUCAUAUAGCAGUCUCUCAUUCCAACCACUCCCUGGUUACUAAGGUAAUUUGGACCCUAGCAACCAGAUAGCUGCUGAAACACCAAACUGGAGAGCUGCUGAACAAAAAUUGAAAUCACUAAAAAACGACAAAUAAUAAAAAAUGAAGACCAACUGCAAUAUUACUCUCUACAUCAUACAAAGUUAACUCAAAGGGGAACAUGCCCUUUUUUGUUGCUUUGUGUAGCAGCUCUGAUAGAUAUAUAAUCUAUAGUCAUUUCUUAUUAGACAAGUCAGUGCUAGUAACAGGCCAUAGACAUUUUGGUCAUCCUUGCUGCUUGGCCACAAGACAAACAAUCAAAUCAUAUCAGGCAACUAAGCAGCCGACCUGGUGUUCGGCCAAUGGAGUUUUUAUUAAAUUACCUCAUAGGUAUGUGGCCAAUGAUCACCCAGAUAUCAGUUGGGCAGGCCCCUGUAUAUGGGUCUGUGAUUUAAUGAACUGUCAGGAUGGCCGAAGCCUAUAGAAAUUACAUAUUUUGGCACAGGAUUGUAUUUUAUAUAUUAUUAAUCCUGGGGUUUUUGUAAUAAACAUGCUUUGGGUCACUUUGA